CUUUGAUUGGCCAUGACUCCGACUUGUGCAGAUGGUCCUGCAAGCGUGGAUACUGUCCUGAUACUGCCUGUGCACGCGCAGUGUUCCAGUUACCCUGACAAUUCAUGCAGUGCCGCCCAAAAGUCUACAAUCGAGCUUGAGAUGACCAAUACGAUCUCUCUGGCUUCCUUUGCUGCAUCCGAUUUCCAGUCCAGCCCAUACUACGAAGCCUUCUUUCCUGCUAGUGUGCGGUCCAGCACGUUCACAGCGGACGCCGCCAACGUGCUCGCAAGGUCUUUUAAGAAGCCAUGCAGUCAAAUGGCGGACCGUAUAAGCUGCAAAUCACCUGCCAUAACAAAGGCCUGUGCGUCAUACCAGGGCAGGAACGGCACACCUGAGCAUCAUGAACAAGGCGGCCAACGCCGACUUCCGGCUUUAUGUCACCGGGAUAUCCUCGUUUCUUCAACGACGAGACUACCACCUGCGAUUAUUUUUCUUUCCACUUUUUGUGGGGUAAGUACAAUGGCGCCUGGGACCCACGCAUCGUGUACUUGACCACCGCCAUGAGGACGGAGAUGAACGGUUUGGUGCAACAGAUCAACUCGGUAAAAUCAGCCGCAAUCAGUGAGGCUAGCACUGUCUUGGGGAGUGCCGGCGUCGUGUAUGUCGAUGUCGAACCUUACUUCGAGGGACACAGGUUCUGCGAGGAUGGUGUCAGAGAACCCGACUCCAGCCGCGAUGCGACGUACUUCACUUCCUCAGCAAUUGGAAGGACGUUAUAAUCGACAGUCAAGAGACAAUAAGCUCUUCGUCUUUCUUCUCUCUAUCGCCGCUGCAGUUUGCCACAAGAUAGGCCACUAAUUGGUGUCUGAAUGACAUUUGCAUAAACCACUUCUGCCGAGAUCGCUGCCGAGGUGGCGACCAUCAUUGCGGAUGGGCUCACUCUCCCCGACGCGGC